AGCUAUAUACCUAGCUUGCUCCACACUGCCACCGCCAUGGAUCCUCCUCCUCCCACUCUUCCGAUUCCUCCUUCCACUCGUCCUCCUCGUCGUCUGACUCCAAAAUCGUUUGUGAAAAGCCUGAAAGGGAAAGACCUCCGUUACCAUGUGCUGACAAGCAUUAAAAGAUGGUUCCUACAGGCGCCGGGGGAGAAUGAAAGCAGCCUUGAUAAGCUUCCUCAUUUGCCAGACAGGAAACCUGAUGAUUUGCGAAGAUAUUAUCCUGUCGACAAGGAGGCCCUGGACAGGGCAUGGGAUCAGCUUGCCGGUGUUGGUGUUGAUAAAAGGUUCAUCUGGGAGACGGUGAAGCGUCUCCGUUACAAGCUGAAAAACACUGGCUACCUUCGAAAAGAGCAUGGCUACCGAUUUCCUCACCCCUACUCUAAUCGCUAUCAUCCACUGCUUUCGAAUGAUUUUGAUUGGAUGGAUCACGAAAGCGAGAUAGAGGAACCUGCUGGGCAAGACGAGGACGGCCACGAGCUGUGGUGGAUGCCAGACGGCAGUCGAGUGUAUUAUGAGGAUAGUGUUGAGUUCAAGACCUUACCUGCGGAAGAUCGGAAGCAACUGAAACUAGACUAUGAUUCAUCUGAUGCCUCCGAAAUUUCCGAUGACCCGGAUCAUGGACUGGUGCCUGGUGCCUGGCCUUGAAGGAAAUCCGCUGGAGUACUACUAGCUAGAGGAGUGAAGUGAAUGCGCCCUUGGCAGUGGACAACAAUUCAUUUCCAUUCUGUGUGGUCUUUGAUUUGCUUUCAAACUACUACAACUUUUAUCUUUAUUUUGUAUCAGAUAUAUGUUAAGUUCUUAACUGGUUUGUGGUUUCUAAUCUUUAAUUUUGUGGGAUAAUAUCAGAACUUAACUUAAAUAUUUGUGGUUUCUAAAUUCUAAUCAUAUUGUGGGUUUAUGCUCAUUUCCAUCUGAAGUUACAUUUCAUAUCAAGGAGA